AUGAUCCCAGAACGAUCGGACACCAUUGUCUUUGUGGAAGACUACAGUUUACAGACAAUCUACGACGGAUUGAACGUCCUCUUCCGACGAGAUUUGACGUCUGGAGCUCUAAAGACUUGGGGCACGGGCAAAGACAAUAUCAUGCAAUAUCGCCAGGACAAUCAAUUUAUUUCCCAGGCUUGGUCAGAGCAUUUCAUUGUGUCCAGUGACAAACGCCGCCAGAUACGCUCCGGGGGGAUGAUCAACGACUCCCCAGCCCCGGGAGACGGGCUGAAGAAGUACAAAACCGUGGUCCCACGAGUUCUUCAAUCUAUUGGCGACCCGUUCUCGAUUAUCCUCCCAUUGCCGCCCAACACAGCCCUGUCCGAAACAGCUGCAAAUCGUUACUUUGAGUUCCGCGAGCUCGCCGAUAAUACCAAGUGCGAGAACCCCAUGCUCUGGAUCGGUCCCUCUGCGGCUGGACACGUUGAAAUCAAGGAUCGCAAAGAGGAGCCAAGAGAUCUGAGAUUUCGAUAG